CCGCAGAGCGAGGGGUUAGUUGCACCGGAACCCCGCGUUCCCGACUUCUGUUUCCGGGUCGCAGCCAUGGCGGUGGCAAAUUCAAGCCCUGUUAACCCCAUGGUGUUCUUUGAUGUCAGCAUUGGGGGCCAGGAAGUUGGCCGCAUGAAGAUCGAGCUCUUCGCAGACGUUGUGCCGAAGACGGCCGAGAAUUUUAGGCAGUUCUGCACUGGAGAAUUCAGAAAAGAUGGGGUCCCAAUAGGAUACAAAGGGAGCACUUUCCACAGGGUCAUAAAGGAUUUCAUGAUUCAGGGUGGAGAUUUUGUUAAUGGAGAUGGUACUGGGGUUGCCAGUAUAUACCGGGGGCCAUUUGCAGAUGAAAAUUUUAAACUUAGACACUCAGCUCCAGGCCUGCUUUCCAUGGCUAACAGUGGUCCCAGUACAAAUGGCUGCCAGUUCUUCAUCACCUGCUCUAAGUGUGAUUGGCUGGAUGGGAAGCACGUAGUGUUUGGAAAAAUCAUUGAUGGACUUCUAGUGAUGAGAAAGAUUGAGAAUGUUCCUACAGGCCCCAACAAUAAGCCAAAGCUGCCUGUGGUGAUCUCACAGUGUGGGGAGAUGUAAUCCAGGGCAAAUCUGAAUCAGACUUCCAUGUCUCUGCCAUUAUAGGCCUUCUCUUGCUCUAUGUGAUGCUUGAGUCAGAUAAUCUGGAUGGUCCGUUGGUUUGCUUCCCUGCCUGCUGCUGCCUUUCGUGAUCAAGAGAGCCUGGAAGUAUCACACAUUUGGAACCCAAGAUUUUAUGUUUUCAGUUGCAAAUAAAGUUGGAUUUUAUUUAUUU